AUGAAUUAAAAUUAAGAAGAGAAUUCAAGUGAUGAUGUAAUAUAAUUUGAAGAUAAUGAAAUAAUAGAUUUUAAUAAUAUAGAAUCAAAUCAUAGUCCCAAAGAUUGCUAACCUUAAAAAUAAGAACUCAAAAAUGCUGACGAAUCGAUAAAUUGUUCUCAAUUGAUGCUUAUUCAGUAACAACCACCUCAAAAAUAACAAUAAAUGUAAUAAAUAUAGAAAUCCCCAUAAACAACAAUAAAAAAUAAAAAGAAUGACUGUCCUGAACUUUAGAAAUUUAAGGACAAUAAUUAUACUAUUUUAUAAAAUUUAUAAAUUGACUUUAGCUUAGAAUAAUUUUUAACAUCUCCUGCUCCUAAGGGUGGAAUGAUUUAAUGUAGAUUUUAUAGAGCUUCUCCCAAGUUUACAUUGUUUUUGGAAUAAUACAAUAAUAUUUUAUUAAAUGCAGAGAAGAAAUCCUUUUAAAUAAAGAGCAGCUAUAAAAUUUUUGCAAAAGGAAAAAAAGAGGAAUAUCUAGGCAAAAUCAAAGGAGAUUUUAAGGGAUUAAAAUAUCUUAUAUAUGACAAUGGAAAAACAGCAAAGAAAUCAAAAGACAUAAACUAAUUAAGAAAAGAAUUAGGAGUGGUCUAUUAUUAAUCCUACGAAAAGAAGUUACGUUCAAUUUAGUCAUUCAUUCCUUAAAUAACCCCUAAUGGAUAAAUGUAUGAAUUUAAGUGUCAGAAACCUUAUACAUCCAUUGUCAAUAGUUUAGAUAAUGUAAUUGAACUAGUAAAUAGAAAACCUUAAUGGAUUCCUUCGUAUAAAGCUUAUGGAUUAAAUUUUUAUGGUAGAAUAUUUACAAGUUCCGUAAAGAAUUUCAUUUUGACAGAAAGAGGAAGUGAAAUCCCAGUAUUGUUAUUUGGUAAAAAUGAUGAUAGAGAAUUCGUACUUGAUUUUUCAUACCCAUUAACUCCAGUUUAAGCAUUCUGUAUUGCACUUUCAAGCACAGAUCAUAAGAUUGGGUGUAAAUGA